UCAGAGAGGGGGGGGGGGGGGGGGGGAGGGGUGAGCAGCGAGAAGGCAACGGUCGCCGGCGCGAUGAUGUACAGCUCCGACUCCAACCGUGACGAGCCCAUCGCCACCACCACGACGACGGCCACCUCGUCCUGCCCCUCCUCGCCCGCGCAGCCAUCGACGCCGCCGGCCCCUUGCCGCAGGCGCCACCGCACCAGCCGGCGCGGGCACCGCCGGACAAAGAACGGCGACGCGCUGGAACAGCCCGCGGAGGUCGAGGCGGAGGACGUGUGGCGCGGGCUGCAGUGGGAUGCGGCGUGGCCGCGGCGGGCGGUGCGGCCGGUGGUGGUCACCGGCGAGGAUUGCUCCCCGGACUGCGGCGCCGCCGCUGCCGGAGAGGGUGGCGUCGGCAGGGCAAGGAGCCUGACGGACGACGACCUUGAGGAGCUCAAGGGGUGCGUGGAUCUGGGGUUCGGCUUCAGCUACCACGAGAUCCCCGAGCUCUGCGGCACACUCCCCGCACUCGAGCUCUGCUACUCCAUAAGCCAGCGCUUCCUGGACGAGCACCAGCAGCUAAACAAGGUUGAGGAGGCUCCGGCGGCAGCUCCGGCCUCGCCGGUGCAGCCGGUCACCACCAACUGGAAGAUCUCCAGCCCUGGGGACAGCCCAGAUGAAGUGAAGGCGAGGCUUAAGUACUGGGCGCAGGCGGUGGCGUGCACCGUUAGGCUGUGCAGCUGAUCUAUUGCAUAAUCAGUCUUGCAAACGCACGAAGACGAGAAGGGAACUCAUAUCGCUGGAUCCAGAGUAUCUGCUAACAUUACAGGGAUCGCGGCAGGCACCUUAAUGGUCAUCAGUCAUACAAGUUUUGCCCAGAAAUCGCACUGCAUCGUCAUUGUCAUCAUGCUGAUCACAAGCAUAUGAGCAUAUCAUAUUGUUGACCAUUUGAUCUCGUUAACGUCGCUCUGAAAUUUUGCCAAUUUUUUGGAAGCAAGGAGGAUGGGAGAUGAAGAUGUUCAAGGAUUGCUAAGCUAAUUCAAACGGCCAAUUCUGAUGUUCUACUCACAUAUGAAUCCUUGAUCCACCACAGUAUUGGUUCAUGUAAAAAAAAUUGUAUAAUGUAGAUUCAGUCAGAAAUAAUAGCAUUCCAUGCUUAGCUGUAUGUUCUUUUCUUUAGUCUUUGUUCUUUGAAA